CCUUGUAGAAGACCAUCUCUAAUUUGAGCAACAAGCCAGCAACAUCCUUAAUAGCAUCAGGACCAUGAGGGAUGAACACGGCGGAGGAUUUCGAGGAAGCCUCGAUUUCCUUUAUCGUAGAGGUGUCAAAAGUACACCCGACCCGACCCGAUCUGAAACCAACCUGAAAAAAUAUCCGAUUCAAAUUUAAACUCGCGUGGAUACAAUAAUUUUGUAUGACUUAACUUUAAAAAUUGAUCCAACCCGACCCGACCCGACCAUAUCAGACUCGAUCCGAACAUCUGAAUUGACACCUCUAUUUCAUCGUGUCUACAAUAGUAACGCGGAUGACCCGUGCACCCGUCUAACCCUCCAACGUUAAUCCGCAAUGUCAACUCCUCCACGGCCCACGUUUAUCAAACCUUCCCUCCAAAACCAAUCAAUCCAAAAAACAUUCAAACAUUUCAAAAAAAUAUGCCAUCUUUCUCAUUUCAAUUUCUUUCCAUAACUCAACGUUACACAAUCUCUUCCUAUCCUUCAAUUAUUACAACAACAUUAAUUCAUUCCUUAAUUCAAAUUCAAUUCAACCUCAUUUUCGCUUCAAUUCAUGGAAGCCGCCAAAGCUAAAACAGAGGCGGCUUUCAAGCCGGCUCAUUUGGUAACUUUUUCUCCAACACCCUCUUCAAAACUCAACAAUCGGCGUCUCUCAAGCCAAUUCUCCAAGCCGAGUAGCCCAAUUCGAGCUGGCGCAACAAAGAAGAAGACUUUGGCUUGGAUUUCUCUCCAAGGUCGGCUCGUUGGAGCCGAUGAAGCUACCUCGGCUCAAGCCAUUGACGGCGGCUUAAGCCAAGAGGAAGCCGUGGGGUGGGAACUCUUUAGCCGUAUUCAUCGUGUUCUUAUUGUUGCUGUUGCUGCUGCUAAAUGUGAGAAGAAUCGCCAGAUUUUCCAACUCAGAAAAUGUGUUCAACUCAGGGAUGAUAUAUUGAUGAGAAUGCAGCAAAAGCUGGAUGAAUUGUGUGAUCAAAUGAAUACUAUGAAAGAUCAACCUCAACUAAUAGUUGAUUCUUCAGCAUCCAAGAUAAUGGAUUUUUCGUCUUGAAGAUCAUCUUUGGCUAGCAAAUCUGACUCUAUGUGCACAGACUGCUGGUUCUAUGAUCAACACUGAGCUGAGUUGAAUGAUGUUUUAGUGAAACUCUAUUAUUUGCCUGUUUUGUUACAAAGUACUUCCUAGUGGUAGUUCAUUGCAUGCACUAUACACACACGAACAAAGAAAAAGAUAGGUUAAGGAAACAGAAUUUUGUGUUCCUCAGACUUGUUAGAAGCUGAAUUUGACAUGCUUGUAAUGUCCCAGGGAAACUCACUGGUGAAAGCUGCUAGUGGUGACGAGAUGUUUAAAAAUAGACUGUCCAUUUCUAAUGAAGCAGAACAGGAGGAAUGUCGUAUGUCAGAUUUGUCUGAUUGGGCUUCAAGUGUCACUUCAGUGGCAGAUUUACUAGUAAUGAAAUAACCAUGGUUUUUGUAGUUUCUAUGUAUGAUGUAUAUGCAUCUGUUUUUGAGCAAAGGAUUACUUAUUUUUGCCUUUUGAGCAAAACUUACACUGGAUGUCGA